CAUUUGUGCCUAUUGUAAAGAACACAAGCCAUUGAUGGAGAUCCAUUGUGUUACUUACCCUCAACGAAGCCGUCAUUGUCUUUUAUGAUACACAUCUCCUUUGAGCCCGUCGCAAUGACAAGCCAUUGUUUCGCAACUCUAUAACUUCCUACCCAAACCUCACAUCUCCAUCUGAGCUCAGCAGCCCAGACACGCCUAGCUUCAACGCGACGACCACAAACAAUCCUAAAGGGCAUCGAAUUAUAUACCACCCCCACCAAAUCACCAACACAACCCGCAGCCAUGGUUUGGUACGUCAUUGCCCUCGCUGUGUUAACCCUCGCCCUGCUCGGCAUAUUCUUGUACCUCCUACGACUGCCCUCUAUCAACAACGUGCAAACCCCAACAGAAACAUCGAAAAUAACCACAAAAAGCCCCCACCUCCCGCCAGUAUGAUCCUGCCCCAACCCCCUCAGCACCUAGCAGCAGCUGCUGCACAGAAAGCAAACGCGGCCUCCACGCUUUGGCGAACACAUCCUUCAAACGCCUAUGAAGUCACUUUGGCCCUGCUCGCCCUGUGUAUUGUUAUGUCUCCUUCCCGUCACGGCCGAAUACCUGACCUGGCUCUUACACGGCAUCGCCACGAAAUCGAGGGCGCCGUUGGCCACCAUGGGCAGGGGUUCUGGAUCGAAGUCGAUCACGCGCUUGAGUACGUGCAGGAGGAGCUCGACCUGCUGGAGUGGCGAACGCGCGAGGGAAGGGCGAGGAUCGUGCGGAUUACCAUAUUGGUGGGAAUCGUUUGGGUGUUGUAUUGCGUUGUGUUCCAGGAUGGAGGGAACAGGGCGUGGGAGUUCGUUUUUCCUACGCCGCAGUUGACAGAAGUAGAGAUGAGGAUUGAGAGGUUCUUUCGUGAGACACAGCACCUGCGGCCGAGGUUUUCGUUUAAGUAA